AUGGCCUGGGUUUCUGACGCGGAGUCUGACCUCUUCAGAGCGACUAGCAAAGCUUCUGUGGAGGGUCGUCUUGGAGAAAGCACAGCAUCUGUACGGCCAGCCUUGAGCAUUGCUGAUCCACCCAAGCCAAUUGCUGUUAAAACAGAACGCCCUCAUCUUCCACCAUACGGUUGCAGCAACGGUCCCGUUGACGUGGGCCAUUACCCUGCAAACUAUCCUCCUCCAAGUGUUGGUGCUGUUACCUCUGCCCCACCACCAACGGUCACCACAGCUGGGGACCACAAGCCAGUCUAUCUGCCCUCCCAUCAGCCACAUAUACCCCAAACUCAGCCACAUAUUCCCCAAACUCAACCUCAUAUACCCCAAACUCAACCACAUAUUCCCCAAACUCAACCUCAUAUACCCCAAACUCAACCUCAUAUACCCCAAACUCAACCUCAUAUACCCCAAACUCAACCUCAUAUACCCCAAACUCAACCUCAUAUACCCCAAACUCAACCUCAUAUACCCCAAACUCAACCUCAUAUACCCCAAACUCAACCUCAUAUACCCCAAACUCAACCACAUAUACCCCAAACUCAACCUCAUAUACCCCAAACUCAACCACACAUACCCCAAAGUCAAACUCAUAUACCCCAAACUCAACCACAGCAUACUACUCCAUCACUUCCCACAGCACAUACUCCUCAUACUCAUCACACACCUCAUACACCCACAGUUACAUCAACUGUCACGCCUACUCCUGCGCCUCAUACCCCACACACACCCACACUUCAUACUCCUCAUACUCCAACACCUACAACACCCACUCCCACCCCUCCGCUCCCACCUCGGCAACCAUCUGCACAUAUUCCACACUCACCAUCACCACACUACCUCCCUCAACCUGUGGCCUCAUCUACAACAACUACAGUUACCACAACCACCACCACUACCACCACAACUACCACAACCUCUACCAGUGUUACUCAUAAUCAUGUGGGGAACAGUGGUCGUGUAAGCAAUGGACCAGUGGGUGGAGGAGGUGGGGGUGGCCAGGGGGUGGGUUCCUCGGUGAACAAGUAUAGUGUGAGUGCCUUGGUGUCACCUACACCACAGCGCAACCACACGCUCUAUAAUAGUGUCAAACCAAGUCCAGUAGCAUCACCACACAAUCACGUUCGAUCACCACAUCCAUCCCCAAUCGGUGCUACACCUACUGCUGCUGCUCCAAUUAAGCCUCCAACUCCUAACACCCCGACUGGUCCAGUUUCUGUUCCUGUGCCUUCAGCUGCAGUAACAGGAUCAGCUCCAGGGCCAGCAGCACCAUCUUUACCUUAUGGGGUGAAGAUUGAACCAGGGGAGACAGCCAGACCGAGUCCAGUAAAUAAAAGCUCGACUGGUCCCCCUCCUCAUUCAGUACCAGCUACAGCCAAUGUUAAAAUAGAGCCCGGCUACCCACGCUCUACACCACCUUCCACCACAAAGGUUUCUGCACCUCAUUUGCAGUCAGUGAUACCUUCUUCUGCAAGACAUUCACCCAGGACUCACGAUCAUCAUAUUUCACCAUAUAGUUCAGCAAGUGUCGUUGUAAGCAGUGGGCAGUCGAUACCUUCAUUAUCACGGCCUUGGCCUAGCUCAGUAUCCAGUCUAGCAUCAAGCAGUUCUGCCAGAUUAUCUUCCUUGAGUCGACCGCCACUGCCGUUGCCCUCCUUUCCCCUAGCUCAUCCACCAGUCUCUGCUCCUUUGCCGCCUACGGGCAUGUUUGCACCGCCUGUUCCACACUCGCAACAACUUACCUCCUCUUCUCUUAUUCCUCCAUCACAUCUGAAUCCUGACCCCCUCGGCCAAGCAGAUCUUCUACGUAGGGAGCUGGACUCUCGAUUUUUGGCCCAACAAGAACGCACGUUGGGCCUUGGGCCUGCAAGUCUAGGGGGUUUAGGUGCUCCUCCUGCCUUUUUACGCGCUGAGAUGCACCACCACCAACACCAACACACACACGUUCACCAACACCUUCUUCCUCAUAUGCCUCCUCCACCAUUACCACCCCCGGCUGCAUCCAGUCUCUUCUCGCAUCCUUCGUCUCCUUCAAUGUUUAAGGAAGUGAGCAAAGUGGGGCUGGAGAGUGGCUUGUACCGACCAGGAGGCGGCCUAGGCAGCAGCUACCCUCCAGGACUCAGCCCACUAGUACAUCCUCCUACCUCAACUUUUGCACCGCCGUCUCACCUAGCCUCUGUGGCACCUAAGGUGUGUUUUACCAUUGGUGAACAAACGCAACGCAAACCAGUGAAGACGGGUCGCUGGAAUGCAAUGCAUGUGCGCAUUGCUUGGGAAAUUUAUUACCACCAGCAGAAGCAGACACCAGAGAAACCCAGUGCUAAACUUGGAGGCCAAGACCCUUUUCGGCCUCCAUCAGGACCUGGUGUUGGGGGUGGUCCUCCUGGUGCACCAAUAUUUCCUACCCUGCCUCGACCACCUGAUUUGGGACCCUCUUUAUUGGGCGGUCCCGGGCCUUCACACCGCUACGAGUCACCUUUAUUAAGCCAUUCUCACCUCACACCCUCUGUGCCUGGCCUGAGUGGCACAAGGUACCCUGGAGGAGGGGCACCUGGGCCUCCCCCUUCAGCAGCAGCAGCAGCAGCAGCUGCAGCAGCAUUCCACCAUGGGGGUGUAACCCCAACAUCUAUACCAGGACCCCCACCAGGCUCAAUGUUCUCAAGAGAAACAUUACCACCUGGCCUAACUGUACCACAACCCACACCUCACGAUGCUUGGAGCCAAACGUGCCUGCCUUUGUAUUCUGGAACCCGGGCGGGCGUAGGCCCCAGAUCCGAGGCUGUUUUGGCCUAUAAUGGGGAGAAGAUAGAGAAGAUGGGUCCCCAGCCCAAUCUCUUCCCCCUAUAUCGCAGGGGAUGCGGGGAUGUUUGCACCACUGAGUGGUGGCCAACGGGGUCACCACAUCCCUACGCCGUCUUUAAGUUACGGGCGCCGACGCCGUAUGGUGCUGCUGCUGGUCCUUGGCCGGUCAAGCCUGAUGCUGCCAUGUAUGAGAGAGAACGUCGUGAAGAAGAGAGACAGAAUAGAGAGCGAGAAGAAAGAGAGCGUAGAGAUAGAGAAGAAAGAGAAAAAAGGGAAAGAGAAGAACGAGAAAGAAGAGAACGUGAAGAAAGAAGAGAACGAGAGGAGCGAGAAAGAGAACGCGAGCGACGUGCUGAACUUGACAAGGAUAGAGUAGCUCGUGCCUUGGAUGCUAGUCACGAUCGUGGGCUAUCCCGUAGAGAUAGUUCACGGUCUCCACUUCGCCCUGAUCAUAAGGACCAGCCUUCCUCACAUGGUUCCAGUCAGCUACCACCUGGUUCAAUGCCAUCAUCAAGCAUGAAGACAGAAGGGCGGCCAGAUUCACAACCUGGAUCAAGACCAGGGUCUAGAACACAUGAUCCACGAAUUAAACUAGAGGGUGGUAAGGAUGACGUGAUGAUUGUGGGUGGAAAAGAAGCACCACGUCAUUUAACACAUGGUGUACCGCAAUCUGUCUUACCCCCACCAGUAUCUGUGGGAAUGUUGCCUCCACACUCAUUGGCUGUAACUAUGGCCACCACUUCAGCUAACUCAGUAUUGGACCACCGGGCUCGUUUAUUAGGCCCAUCUUAUCAUGGAAGCGGACCUUCACACCUAGCAGGAUGGCCAGAUCCUUUCAGAGAUCCUUACCGGUCUGCACAAGAACAAAUGGCUUCAGCAAGAGCACAUGACCUAGCAGCCAGGGAUGCUCUAAUAAGGGAUUCCUUACGUGACCCAAGAAUGAGUCUGGCAGCAGCCCGUGAAGAACAGAUGUUACACACUAACCCAUUGUCAUCAUUAAUACUAAGUGAACGUUAUAGAGAACAACACCACCAGCAGCAACAGGCAGCCGCAGCUCGGGAACUAUUCGAACGUACUCACCUAGCUGGAGUUCCAGGUGGACUUUACCCACCUACAUCAGCUUUACUUCCACCUCAUCCCUCAGUCUCUCAUAUGGCAUCCUCUUUAUUGAAAGGUGGCCCUCCACUGGGUCCUGGACCUCCCGGCAUGCACCCACCUGGUCUAGGAUCUAUGCACGGGUCACAUCCAGGUGCUCCAGGCCACCCCCAGCCACCACCCCUUGGACCUGGUUUGCCUCCGCCUCUCAUCCCCUCCAUGCGUGGCUCCUCACCGGCUCACCCACGGCCCCCGGAUAAAAAGGAUGACCCACGCUGACUCUAGUCAUCCCUAGGCCAUACUAGGUCUCAGGUGGUGUCCAGCAAAUGCAAGAGCCCAGAUUUAAGUCUGGGCUAUGCUGGGCCACCUGCUGCUGCUGCUAGAAGCACCUUUACUGAGGGUGGUGCAGGGCGGGCGGCCCACAAGACUACAGUACAGCCCCAAGGGUUACCUGUAGUCAACGUGUCUUUCAUGAUGAUCAGGCUGUGGAUUGUAACACAAGUUUUGUACCAUACCUGUACAGUACGGUGGUCCAGGGCCACAACCUCCAUUGUCCUUUUAUUUAACAUUUUGUAGAUAUUCAUUGUUUUUCCUAAAGUAUUUUGUAGAGAAAUUAAAUUAAUAUCGACUUGACUGAAAUGAUCUGAUGCAGACUGACAAUGACAUUUGUUAAACUGUUUCUAAAUACAGGAGUUUGUUAA